AUGGCAACAUUGCAAACUAGUGAAAACAAUAAUGAAGAUUAUCACGAAAUGGAAGAGACAGGUAUCAACGUUGCAGAGGACGAAGAGGACGUCGAGAAGCCAGACUUCCCAGUCGAUUUGGCAUUGGAGCAACAAAAGAAGCGUUGGGUGUUGAUUCGUGCUGUCGUCGGUGAACUCCUCUGUACAUUCUUGUUUGUUUAUAUUGUGUGUGCCACCACUGUCAAUUUCAAGAUGAUUCCGGGUUCGUCGUCGGUGGUCGGUGGAGCUCUCUCCACUGCAUUCUCAGCGGUCGCUCUCAUCUAUUCAUUCGCUGAUAUUUCUGGUGCUCAUUUCAACCCUGCCGUCACCUUUGCCACUUGUGUCACUCGUAGAACCUCGAUCACAAAGGGUCUGCUUUACAUCUUUGCACAAAUGGUUGGAUCAGUGUUUUCCGCUCUGAUCAUCUUGGCCACUUUCCCAGGAAACAUCGAUCCAUCGCUUACCGGUGGCAGACCAGGUAACGCUGCCGCCGCCGCUGCAGUCGAACCAAGCAAAUCCGCCAACAUCGGUAACGUCUUCCUCACAGAGUUGAUUCUCACUUUUAUUUUGGUAUACGUCAUCUUUGCCGUUGCUUUCGAUACCGUCGACGACAACAAAAACGUCAAGGUCGUACGUGGUGGAAAGAAAGCCGGUAACAACCUCACCAUCUAUACUACCUCUGGUGCAACCAAGGCUGGUUUUGCCCCAAUUGCCAUUGGUUUCACACUUGGUUUCCUUUGUUUACUCGGUGGUUCCGUAUCUGGUGGUGCUUUCAACCCAGCCAGAGUUUUCGGUCCAGCUUUAGUUGGUAACAGAUGGUCUAGACAUUGGUUAUAUUGGAUUGCUGAUUUCUUAGGUGCUGUUGAAUAA